AUGUCUCAAACAGAAGCACAGACUCAAAAGUCGCACUUUGGUGUAGACUUUCUCAUGGGCGGCGUUUCCGCUGCUAUCGCAAAGACGGGUGCCGCCCCCAUCGAACGGGUGAAGCUGUUGAUGCAGAACCAGGAAGAGAUGCUCAAGCAGGGCUCACUAGAUUCACGGUAUGUGGGAAUUGUAGACUGCUUCAAGAGGACCGCAACACACGAAGGUAUUGUAUCGUUUUGGAGGGGUAAUACAGCUAAUGUUCUUCGGUAUUUCCCCACGCAGGCGUUGAAUUUUGCUUUCAAAGACAAAAUCAAGUCGGUGUUGAGUUAUGACAGGGCACGAGAUGGGUACGGCAAGUGGUUUGCUGGAAAUGUAUUUUCUGGUGGAGCGGCCGGUGGUCUGUCGCUAAUGUUUGUGUAUUCGUUGGACUAUGCAAGGACACGGCUUGCGGCGGAUGCUAGAGGGUCGAGGUCGGCGUCACAAAGACAGUUUAACGGGCUAUUAGACGUGUAUAAGAAGACACUGAAAACUGACGGUUUGUUGGGGCUUUACCGUGGGUUUAUGCCCUCAGUAUUGGGCAUUAUCGUGUACAGGGGUUUGUACUUUGGUUUGUACGAUUCUUUCAAGCCUGUGCUAUUGACUGGUGCCCUGGAAGGAUCAUUUGUUGCCUCUUUCUUAUUGGGUUGGGUCAUUACGAUGGGAGCCUCUACUGCGUCGUAUCCUUUGGAUACUGUGAGAAGAAGGAUGAUGAUGACUUCUGGCCAGAGUGUUAAGUACGACGGCGCUGUAGACUGCUUGAAAAAGAUUGUGCAGCAAGAGGGUGUGUAUUCCUUGUUCAAGGGCUGUGGUGCUAACAUAUUUAGAGGGGUAGCCGCUGCUGGUGUCAUCUCAUUGUAUGACCAGUUGCAACUGAUAAUGUUUGGUAAAAAAUUUAAGUGA